AUGCCUGCAGCAUCAAUGAGGAAAUCCUGUGUUAUUCUACUUUGUUGCUGCUUUGGAGUUUGUAUUGCAAUAGAUACCAUCACAAUCUCCCAGCCUAUCCAAGACUCCGAUACUAUAGUUUCGUCUGGCCAAAUCUUCAAAUUAGGCUUCUUUAGUCCUGAAAAAAGUAGUGAUCGCUAUGUUGGAAUAAUGUAUACUCUACCUGAAACAGCCAUUAUAUGGGUGGCUAAUAGGGAAAGACCUUUAAAUGAUUCUUCGGGAACUGUUGUAAUCCUCGAAGAUGGUAAUCUUGCUGUAUUAAAUGGAAUGAAGGAGAUACUAUGGUCUACUAAUGUUUCAAGUUCUUUGGCGAAUUCUAGUGCACAACUCCUGGAUACUGGGAACCUGGUCUUGACAGAUGAGUCAAAGAGGAAAAUCUGGGAAAGUUUUGAGCAUCCUACAGACACUUUUUUGCCAAAGAUGAAAUUAGGGGCUAGUACAAUAGGGACGAGCCAAAUAACUUCAUGGAUAAGCCCCUCUGAUCCAUCUAUCGGAACUUUCUCUGCAGGUCUCAACCUUUUCCAAAUUCCUCAAUUUUUUGUUUGGAAUAAUAGUAGCCCUUGCUGGCGGAGUGGUCCAUGGAGUGGUACCACCUUUAUUGGGAUAGCCGGCAUGACUUCUGCAUAUGAUAAUCGACUUGAUGUCUUGAAAGACAGUUCUGGAUAUCCAUAUCUCACUUAUAACUAUGCAAAUACUCCUUUUUUUUACUAUAGGUUGAGUUCAUCAGGGAGUAUACAGGCAAUGGUUUCAUUAAGUGGAAAAGGAGAUUGGACCAUAAUCUGGUCAAGUUCAGAGAACCAAUGUGAUGUUUAUGGAAAAUGUGGAUCUUUUGGGAGCUGUAAUCCUCAGGAUUCCCCAAGAUGUACAUGUCUGCCAGGUUUUAAGCCAAGAGAUCAGGAUGAAUGGAAUCAAGGAAAUUGGACAGGUGGUUGCAUAAGAAAAGAAUUGCUGCAAUGUCAGAGAAAUCAAUCUUCCAGUACAGCGGACGACCAAGAUGGAUUUGUGAAACUUGCAAACAUGAAAGUUCCAGAUUUUGCUAAGCCAAUAGCAAAUUCUGAAGAAGAGUGCCGUAAAGACUGCUUAAACAAUUGCUUAUGCACAGCUUAUGCAUUUUAUAAUGGCAUUGGAUGUAUGCAAUGGAGUGGCAUCUUAAUUGAUUCGCAGCAGCUUCCCUAUGAUGGGGCAAACUUAUAUAUACGUGUGGCAUAUUCUGAACUUGAUACAGAUGCUAAAAGGGGUAUAAAUGUUGUCAUUGCAAGCACAGUGACUGUAGCAACUUCAGUCCUUGUAUUCUGUGCAUUCCUUUGUUGGAAGUUGAUUGCCAAGCAGAAAGGGAAAAAGCAACAAGCUAUGGUGCCAUCAGUGGAAGAUAAGUUCACCAUAAACUUCAACCAAGCCAAGUUUGAAGAGCUACCUGUGUAUACUUACGAAGCAUUGGCUAAUGCAACAGACAAUUUCCAAUCAAACAAUAAGAUAGGGGAAGGUGGUUUUGGUCCAGUUUAUAAGGGAAAGCUGUUAGAUGGCCGGGAAAUUGCAGUAAAGAGGCUUUCAAAUUCUUCAACUCAAGGGAUUGAGGAGUUUAUGAAUGAAGUCGUGGUUAUUUCGAAACUCCAACACCGGAAUCUUGUUAAACUUCUGGGCUGCUGCAUUGAAAGAGAAGAAAAAAUGCUAGUCUAUGAAUAUAUGCCAAACAAAAGUCUUGACGCCUAUCUAUUUGAUGCUAAUAAACAAAAACUACUUGAUUGGAGAAGACGUGUGAUCAUUGUUGAGGGGAUUGGCAGAGCCCUCCUUUACCUUCAUAGAGAUUCAAGACUGAAAAUUAUUCAUAGAGAUCUGAAAGCAAGCAACAUCCUUUUAGACGAAGAUCUCAAGCCAAAACUAUCAGAUUUUGGUUUAGCUAGAAUUUUCGGAGGCCAUCAAGAUCAAGCUAAUACUAACAGGGUUGUGGGAACAUAUGGCUAUAUGGCUCCAGAGUAUGCAAUGCAAGGAAGAUUUUCCGAAAAGUCUGAUGUCUAUAGUUUUGGAGUACUAUUGUUAGAGAUUGUUAGUGGAAGAAGAAAUACUAGCUUCUAUAAUUAUGAGAAUGAGCUGAGCCUGCUUGGACAUGCUUGGAAAUUAUGGAAUGAAAGUGAAGCAGCAAAACUGAUAGAUGCAGCAAUAAUUGAUCCAGGUUUCAAAACAGAGAUGUUGACAUUCAUUCAUGUAGGAUUAUUAUGUGUGCAGGAAUUUGCAAAAGAUAGGCCAGAUGUCUCUGCUGUUCUUUCAAUGCUUAGCAGUGAAAUUUCAAAUCUCCCUCGUCCCAAAUUCCCAGCCUAUACAGGAAGAUUAGGUUCCUCAGGAAAGUCUUCUCGAGAAAGGGUUUAUUCUAUUAACAACAUAAGCUUAACUACUGUUGAGGGCCGAUAG